GGGCGGGGUGUUGUGGCAGGAGCUGGAGGAGGAGGCGCCCGGGGCCUGGAGUGACGCUCGGGAGCCGGGCGGCCGUGUCACCGUCUCCUUCCUUCGCUCGGCCUCAGGCGGCCGGGACGGAGUAGCCCCUCGCCCCUCUCUCUCUGAUCCUUCCCCCGCCCAGCCCCGUCCUCAAGGCCUCAGUCCCCGCUCCCCCAGUCAGGCCUCGGCCUCUAGGCCCAGCCCGGCCCCCGGCCACCCCCACCCCGCGGGCAGUCGCUGGCGGUGGGCCCCGCGGAGAGGGAGAGCCCGCGGGCCGCCAUGUCGGAGCUGAAGUCGGCGUCGGACACCUACAAGGGCUGGCUCUUCAAAUGGACCAACUACAUCAAGGGAUACCAGCGGCGGUGGUUCGUGCUGAGCAACGGGCUGCUCAGUUACUACAGGACCCAGGCAGAGAUGGGGCACACGUGCCGCGGGACGAUAAAUCUCGCCACGGCCAACAUCACCGUGGAGGACUCGUGCAAUUUCAUCAUCUCCAACGGGGGAGCCCAGACCUACCACCUCAAGGCCAGCUCGGAGGUUGAGCGCCAGCGCUGGAUCACCGCCCUGGAGCUGGCCAAAGCGAAGGCUGUCAAGAUGCAGGCUGAGUCAGAUGACUCCGCUGACGAAGAGCAGUCUUCUCAGACGGACAAGACCGAAGUGCAGAACACGCUGAGGACCCUGACGAGCAAGGUGGAGGACCUCUCGACGUGCAACGACCUCAUCGCGAAGCACGGCACGGCCUUGCAGCGCUCGCUCAGUGAGCUGGAGAACCUCCGGCUGCCUCCGGAAAGCUCCGAGAAGAUCAAACAAGUCAACGAGCGAGCCACCCUCUUCCGAAUCACCUCCAACGCCAUGAUCAAUGCUUGCCGUGACUUCCUGCUGCUGGCCCAGACCCACAGUAAGAAAUGGCAGAAAGCCCUGCAGCACGAGCGGGAGCAGCGGAUCCGGCUGGAGGAGACGCUGGAGCAGCUGGCCAAGCAACACAACAACCUGGAGCGAGCGUUCCGCGGAGCGACUGUCCUGCCGCCCAGCAGCACGCUCAGUGUCGGCUCCGUCAAAGGGAGCACAAGUAGUCGGGAUCUGAGCGAUGAGGACGACGAGAACGAAUUCUUUGACGCAAUGGAGGACGUGGCGGAGUUUAUCACCGUCCAGGCUGAUUCGCGGUACCACAGGCGGACGGGGAGCAACAUCAGCGGAGCCAGCAGCGAGGGAGCCUUCGAGGAUCAAUUGUCCGAUGAGCAGAUGUCCAGCAGCAACACCAGCUCCAGCGCCAGCGCGGUGGAGCUGGUGAGCAAAGAGCCGGCGACCAAGCGCCGUCGGCGGACCAGCAUCCCCGACAAACCCAACUACAGCCUCAACCUGUGGAGCAUCAUGAAGAACUGCAUCGGCAAGGAGCUGUCCAAAAUCCCCAUGCCGGUGAACUUCAAUGAGCCCCUGUCGAUGCUGCAGCGACUGACGGAGGACCUGGAGUAUCACGAACUCCUGGACAGAGCCUCCAAGUGCGAGAAUGCCUUAGAGCAGCUGUGCUACGUGGCUGCCUUCACUGUGUCCUCAUACUCCACCACCGUCUACCGAACGGGAAAGCCUUUCAACCCCUUGCUCGGGGAGACCUUUGAAUUAGACCGGCUGGAAGAUGAAGGAUUCAGGUCCAUCUGCGAGCAGGUCAGCCACCACCCUCCAGCUGCUGCCCAUCACGCCGAUUCCAAGUUUGGCUGGACGUUAAGGCAAGAGAUAGCUAUCGCGAGCAAGUUCAGAGGAAAGUAUCUGUCCAUCAUGCCCCUGGGUACCAUCCACUGCAACUUCCAUCAAAGCGGCAACCAUUACACGUGGAAGAAGGUCACCACCACUGUGCACAACAUCAUCGUGGGCAAGUUGUGGAUCGAUCAGAGUGGCGAGGUUGACAUCAUCAACAGGAAGACCAGGGACAAGUGCCACUUGAAGUUCGCACCUUACAGCUAUUUCUCUCGCGACGUUGCACGGAAGGUCACCGGUGUCGUAUCGGACAGUAUGGGGAAAGCUCACUUCAUUCUGUCCGGGACGUGGGAUGAGAAGAUGGAAUACUCGCGGGUCCUGCACAGCAGCAAAGGCGAGAACAGCGCGGAAGGGAGGCAGAAGACGGUGUACGAGACCCUGCGAGGGAAGGAGCUCUGGAGAAGGCACAAGGCGCUGGAACGCGCGGAAUCCAUGUACUACUUCUCGGAGCUGGCCCUGACCCUGAACGAACUGGAGGAUGGGGUGGCCCCCACUGACAGUCGCCUGCGGCCGGACCAGAGGCUGAUGGAGAACGGCCGCUGGGAUGAGGCCAACAUGGAGAAGCAGCGGCUGGAGGAGAAGCAGCGGGCCGUGCGACGCAAACGAGAGUCCGACGUCAGCAAGCUGUCCGAAGGGCAAACGCAUUCCGCAGAAUCCUCCUACCGCCCGCUCUGGUUCGAGAAACGUGAGGACCCUUACACCAAAGAGCUGGUGCAUGUCUACAAGGGGGGCUACUGGGAGGCGAAAGAGAAACAAGACUGGCACCUCUGCCCGGAUAUCUUCUGAAGCCCAGUGCCUGCUUCUGCCCGGUGCUGGGGGGAGUGUGUGUGUGUGCGCACGUGUGAGUGAGCGAGAGAGAGAGAGAGAGUGGGCAUCUAGCCUUGACCACCCUUCCCCGGACUCGAACUGAGCGAUCACUUCUGUCCAUGGCGGGUCCUGACACGGGAGAUCCAGCGGGAAGAUCCUGGAGACUGAAGGGGAGGGAGAUGGUGACGGUGCAGGGAAAGGGUUACUCGUCCUUCGCCACCCACCUCGUGACCCCCUCAGCCUUUACCCACCCACUGAACCUCCUCCUCCUCACGUCGCCUUUGUCUCUGCCGGGUAGGGGUGAAGAUGUGCAGACAACACCCCCCCCCUUCCUCCCCCCCCCCCCCCCCCCCCCCCCCUCCUCCCUGCUCCAUGCCCCCACCUCCCUUCCACGUGUUGAACAUAUAGCAAUGGACGGAAGGGGAAAAAACACCUGGUCUAUUGUACAAAGCCAGACUAUAAUCUGUCAACAUUUCAUUGCAGCCACUUCUCUACCCCCACUGAGCACCUCUUGGGCCUGGUCAGUGCUGGUGGGGAGUGGACAGGCUGGGCACCAGAGGGUAGGGAGGAUGGGAAAAGUAGAAAGGGGGCUGGUGGAGAGUGUGCUGCCUCUCCCAGGGGAGAGCCAGGGCAGGAGAGCUGGUGGGGGGAAGCAGGCACCUGGAAUCACCUGUCUGGAAUCGGCUGUAAUUUCCCUGGUACUACCUGCGUAGAGUUGGACUUUGCCUGGGUUUUGGAGAGGGGUUGCAGAGUCUUUGGGAUGAGGGACAUAGGCAUGGAAGCUGACCACAAGGCAGUGUCUUGGUUUGGCUGGGGGUGGGGGAAGGCAGUCGGGUAUGCGGUGUGGAGCUGGGGGCCAUUUGCGUGGGUUUUCUCUUGUCCUCUGUCCUGUCUUCCUCCUCCUCCUCCUCCGACGCCUCCUUUGUCUUCGUCUUCCUCCACCCCCUGCACUCGAAUGGACCCAGCUUCCCACGAACUAUCCCUCAAACCCAGCGCCCCCAAGGUCACAGACCCCGUCCCCUCACCCACCCCCCCACCCGCAUUCAGAAAGCGAGACAUGGAAGGUACGGUGGGGAGGGGUCCGUAUCGCGUUGCAGGUUUAUGGGAUCUUGCUCUGCGUGAAUCAGCCUUUCCUACACUACAACACUUAGCCGCAUUUCAAUAAAGUGAUUGGUUGCCUGGAAAACCCUUUGGGGGUGGUCUCGGGGUGGUGGGCAGUGAGGGGGCGGAGGGCAUCCAGAGUCAGUGCAACGGCACUGUUGUCACAGGGUGGGGGUGGGGCAGCACUGUUUCAUUCACCCUGGCACUUACACUGACACAAGGGUGUUGUUUGGGGGGGAUGGGGCAUGAGGAGAAGCGGUGGGCCAUUCCCCACCUGGCAUGAUGGGUAGCUGGAGACUGCCUCAUGUUUCCCACCCCUUCACAUUUUCCCCACCCCACUUCUCUGGGAAAGGGUGACAUUGCCUGUGCUGUGGGUGGCUGUGGUGGGAGACUGGUCCCUCCUUCCACCCCAUACCAUGCCCCAAUUCCUCCCCAUCCUCUGGGAGAAAUGAUUUGGAGAUGCCGGUGUUGGUCUGGGGUGUACACAGUUAAACAUCACACAACACCAGGUUAUAGUCCAACAGGUUUAAUUGGAAGCAGUUGCUUUUGAAACGCCGGUCCUGAUGAAGGGGCAGAACUCCGAAAGUUGGUGCUUCCAAUUAUGCUUGUUGGACUAUAAGCUGGUGUUGUGUGAUUUCUAAAUUCUCUGGGGCAGGAUAACUGAGGUUGGUCCCAGGCCUCUGACAGCAAGAGGAAUCCUUUCAAUCCUUGGGAACCCAGUCCUUCAUCAAAACGCUGUCCUUUCAUUAGCAAUUGGUGGAAACCGAACUGCAGAACGCCACCACAGCUGUCCUUCAUCUCUGUAUUAAAUGGGCCCAGAAAUGUUGGAUGUCAAUAUUAGAUCCCAUUAGGGAGUGUGGGACCUUGAGAGAGGGGUGGCGGAUUGGGGUUGCUCUUAAAUCUUGUCACUACGUGUGCGAACUUGUUAAAACAAAUAAAUACCAGAAUCAUUUUCCUAUUGAA